AUGUCUUAUAAAUUUAUACCAGUAUUAAGUGAAGAUUCAAUUCGUAGAGGAUUACAAAGAAUAAAUAAAUUAGGCUCACCUUAUUGGGAUGUUGAAUUAUAUGAUACUCCAAGAAUGCAUGUUUUAAAAGUUCAUUAUAAAUUGAAAAAUUUUAAAACAACAUGGGAGUUUCUUAAUUUAGUUGCUAAUCAAGCUUCAAAAUUAAGACAUCAUCCUACUAUAAUUACAACUUAUAAUAAUGUGAGUAUUGAAUGUACUACUCAUGAUGCUGAAAAUAGUAUAACUGAAAAAGAUGUAAAUUUAGCAGAAGCUAUACAUUUAGAAUAUCAAGAGUUAAUAAGUAAGGAUGUAAGUAAGGAUGUAAGUAAGGAUGUAAGGAUGCAAUAG